AAGGCAAAAAUGUUUCUAAGUUAAACUCAAAAAGCUCCUUAAAGCCUUAAAGCUGUUCUCAGGAUUGACGAUACACAAAAUACGAACAUACUAAAACGUUUCAGACCUGCGGUUCCGCAUCAUGUGACUUGCUGUAAGUGCCUGUAAGAAACUGAAAGUUAAAUAAGCUGCUAAAUGUCGGAGCUUUAAAUGAGGAAGACAGAGCGACAGCCUCGGAGCUCGUUUCAUUUAAAGCGUGUGGACCAAGAACACAGUUGUCCUCAGAGGGCAGAUUACAUCAUCUGAACCAGAAUGACUUCACAAGAUGAGGAUGAGAAGAGAUACGACCCCAACGACAGCACGCUGACAUUUGUCAACAGGCAGGAUGAUCUGGACCCAUUAUCCGGUGAUGACGAAGACAGUCUGGUGGCAGAGAUGUCCUGCGGUCAUGCCGUCACAGCGGAAUCGCUCACCGGGUGGUGCCGCAGUCUGCUGGAUCAGGGCCAGUACAGAUUUAAGUGUCCCGCUUUAAAUGAUGACACCUUGGAAAAGUGUGAUGCAGUGUGGUCCUAUCCAGAGGUGCGCAGGCUGGCAGCACUGACAGUUGAAGAGAUGGCAUACUUUGAAGAGAGGAUCGCCCAACUGGCAGCCAGAGAAUAUUGUGACCUUAGAACCUGUCCUGGCUGUAAGACUUAUGUGGAGAGAGAGGACCUGACUAACCUCAGUGUCAGGUGCACAAUCUGCACAACAGACAACAACGAAGUGUACGAGUUCUGCUGCCAGUGUUUGAGGCCAUGGGAAGGUAGAGCUCCACGCUCUGAUCGCUGCGACAAUGACGGCUGUGCGAACCACGACCUCGAACUUCUCAAGAACUGCAAGACUACUGACCUCCCUCAGGUUCAGGGGGUUGAUGCCUGUCCCUCCAUCCGAGCCUGUCCCACCUGUGGUGAGAUAGUGGAGCACGAUCAAACAGGCUGCAAGAACGUCAUCUGUCCUCGCUGUCAGAAAGAGUUCUGCUUUGUGUGUCUGAAACUCACUCCUGAGUGCUUGAGGACGAGCUCUUACUUCAUCCCCUGCAGUGAUGGUGUGGCUCCCAGACAAACAUCCAUACCUGUGUGGCACAGAAACUAAGAGGCAACAUGGACUCUGAUUGUGCUUUCUUUUCUCAUAGUAGACUCUCCUUUAGGAUUUCAUUAGAACACAAAAGUUUUACUGGCUGGCUUUUUCUUGUAGAUGAUUAAGUUUUAUGCUGUAUAAUAAUUGAAAAUUGUUUUCCUUUAAAAUUUAUUUCUGCUCAGCCAUCGUUAUUCGUAAAUAGUUGUAUGACUUAAUAAAUAUGUCAAGGGUUGGCUGUGUGACAGGCAGAGUAAGACCCAAGUGCAGGACACAGAGGCAAACAGAUUUAUACUUAACAGGGCAGUUUUAACAAAUUACAAAAUACCAGACCGAGAUAUUACUGGAGUCAGUCAUACAGAACCACAGAGAAGCCUGAGGGGAAUACACAAGGGACUAAGGGUUUAAAUACACACAAGGUAAUUAGGAAGAGUGGAGACAGCAGGGAGAACAGGUGAACAGAAUGAGAUUAAUGACACAAGAGAAGCAAAACUGAACACAAAGCACAUGGAACAAGUGAGCAAACAUGACACAACACAGGGACACGUACACCAAAGAAUACAAAACGCAGCCACCCAGAGUAAGACUCGUGAACUGGAUACAGAGACAGAUGAUAAAAUAUCAGACAAACAGGCAGACAAAAUGGACCUGAGUUAAGACUAACCUAAAUGGAGACGUAUAAAGGAGAAGAAUCUUAAUGAACAAGUUAUGAAACAAGCUGAAGAAAUUUAACAGUAACAAAACAGGGUCCGAAACCCAGCAUGAGAAAAUUUGUCUUUUAACUAAAGAAAAAAUGUUUUCGAAGGCUGAUGCAAAUAGAUACAUGCCUGUGAAUGAAGAUCCAGUAGAGCAGGAUAAAUGACAGGAGUAACAUUUAUCCACAUUUAAAAUCAAAUAUAGAUGUUUUUUUAUAUAUAGUUGUAACAUCACAGCAACAGUAAAAGUAGUCUGAUCACUGCGGGUAUAAAAAUAAAAGCCUGAAAAGCCUUUCAUAAAAAAAAAAAAAAACUGAUGUGCUUUUGUUUUUUAAACUUUUUAUACUGUUAAUUUAACUGUACUCGUUCUAAUAAAUA